AUGUUGAUUGUACUGAAACCAACUGAACAAACACCACUUAGUGCACUUUAUUGUGCUGCUCUUAUCAAAGAGGCUCGCUUUCCACCAGAUGUUAUCAACAUCAUACCAGGUGAUGGGCCUGAAUGUGGUUACGCAAUUGCUGUUCAUGCACAUAUUGAUAAAGUAGCUUGUACUAGUUCAGUUGAAGUUGAAAAGAAAAUACAAGAAGCAGCAACUAAAUCAAAUCUUAAAUGUGUUAUACUUGAACUUGAAUAUGGUGGUGAACGAAUUGAUAAUAAAGAUUAUUUUAUCCAAGCAACUAUUUUUAGUGAUGUAAAAGAUGAUAUGCAAAUUACUCGUGAAGAGACUAUAUGUGAUCAAGCACUAUUUGAUGGCUUUAAAGAAUCAGGUCAGGAAAAAGAAUUAGGUCGAUAUCGUCUCGAAGCAUAUUAUCGAGUAAAAAUAAUUGUUGUUAAACUCGUUUGA